CCGGAAGAGGGUGAGACAAGCCGGAAGAAGGCGGGACUAGUCAGCCGGAAGGAGGCUCAAUGCUUUGGGUUAGUCGCUUCAUGGCUGUGAAGAUGGCGGUAGCUGCGUGGUUUCAGGUGUCUCCUGUCGUCUUUCUUCUUUUGGGGGCGCAGCCGUUCCCACUGUCGUUUUUUGGUGCAGGACCAGCACCCGUGUUUGCCGCGGAUAGAUCAAAAUGGCACAUUCCGAUGCCGUCGGGGAAAAAUUAUUUUAGUUUUGGAAAGAUUCUUUUUAGAAAUACUACCAUCUUAUUGAAAUUUGAUGGAGAGCCUUGUGAUCUGUCUUUGAAUAUAACCUGGUUUCUGAAAAGUGCUGAUUGCUACAAUGAGAUCUAUAGCUUCAAGGCAACUGAAGUAGACACAUAUUUGGAAAAAAAUCUCAAGGACAAAAAAGGCUUAUCUGGGAGAUACCAAACGUCAUCAAAAUUAUUUCAGAACUGUAGUGAACUCUAUAAAGCCCAGAGCUUUUCUGGGGAUCUUAUGCAUCGACUCCCUCUUUUAGGAGAAAAACAGGAGGCUAAGGAGAAUGGAACAAAUCUUACCUUUACAGGGGACAAAACAGCAUUGCAUGAACCAUUGCAGACUUGGCAAGAUGCACCCUACAUUUUUAUCGUGCACGUUGACAUUUCGUCCUCAAAGGAACCACCAAAAGAAGAUGCACUGAGUAAUCUUUUUAUCAUGACUGUUGAAGUAAAGGGUCCCUAUGAAUACCUCACUCUUGAAGACUACCCACUGAUGAUCUUUUUCAUGGUGAUGUGUAUUGUGUACGUCCUAUUUGGUGUUCUCUGGCUGGCAUGGUCUGCUUGCUACUGGAGAGAUCUCCUGAGAAUUCAGUUUUGGAUUGGUGCUGUCAUCUUUCUGGGAAUGUUUGAGAAAGCUGUGUUUUAUGCAGAAUUUCAGAAUAUCCGAUACAAAGGAGAAUCAGUCCAGGAUGCCUUGGUCCUUGCAGAGCUGCUCUCAGCAGUGAAACGCUCACUGGCUCGAACCCUGGUCAUCAUAGUCAGUCUGGGAUACGGCAUAGUCAAGCCUCGUCUUGGAGUCACUCUUCACAAGGUUGUGGUGGCAGGAGCACUCUAUCUUUUGUUCUCUGGCAUGGAAGGAGUCCUCAGAGUUACAGGGUAUUUUCCUUACUCCUUGGCUCUGAUAGUAAGCCUGGCCCUCUCUGCAGUUGAUGCCUGCAUUAUUUUAUGGAUAUUUAUUAGCCUGACGCAAACAAUGAAGCUAUUAAAACUUCGGAGGAACAUUGUAAAGCUUUCUUUGUAUCGGCAUUUCACCAAUACGCUUAUCUUAGCAGUGGCAGCAUCUAUUGUGUUCAUCAUCUGGACAACCAUGAAGUUCAGAAUAGUGACUUGCCAGUCGGACUGGCGGGAGCUGUGGGUGGAUGAUGCCAUUUGGCGGUUGUUGUUUUCCAUGAUCCUCUUUGUCAUCAUGAUUCUCUGGCGACCAUCAGCAAAUAACCAGAGGUUUGCCUUUUCACCAUUGUCAGAGGAAGAUGAAGAGGAUGAACAGAAGGAACCGAUGCUGAAGGAAAGUUUUGAAGGAAUGAAAAUGAGAAGUACCAAGCAGGAACCAAAUGGAAAUAGUAAAGUAAACAAAACACAGGAAGAUGAUUUGAAAUGGGUAGAAGAGAAUGUUCCUUCUUCCGUGACUGAUGUAGCACUUCCGGCCUUGCUGGAUUCAGAUGAGGAGCGAAUGAUCACACACUUUGAGAGGUCGAAGAUGGAGUGAGCAGUGGGAAGCCGCCGUUGAAGAUGGCUCGUGUCAGGGAAGAGGCCAGCUUAUGUGUCAGUCUUCUGCACGCCCCGCGGGAUUAAAGGAGGCAAUGACAUCUUGCUCUGUUCCUUGGUCUUUGUGCAUGGGAGCUGGAGAGAGGUAUCAGCCAAGAAGACCAGCUUAGUGAAACACAUUCAUAGGAUGAGAAAACUACAAACUGCUUUACAUCAUUGACACCCUUGGCUCCCCAAACCCAUCAUGGCUGUUUUUGCAACCUACAAGUUGUCCCUGGACUUUCUGUUCAGUUAUUUAAUCUGUCAGAGUACGAAGUUUAAUGUUUCUGAAAUGACUUUGUCAUCUGCACCAUAAUUUGUCAUCUCUAGGAGCAACUGCCUGUGAUUUCAUUUAUUUAGGAAGUUGUAUUGGUGAUGGGAGAGGUUGUCAUUUAUCUUUCAGUUUCCUGGUAGGUCAAGCUUACAUCUUGCAUAAGGGAAAUAGUCCCUUCUGAGUUAAGGAACCAUAGAUCUAUCAGUGACCAAAA